UUACCGCAAACAUGGGACCCCCGCCUUCCUGCCUUCAAACCGAGUCGAGCCUGGGAUAAUGGACUGGCACGACAUUCACCGCGCAUUUCACAUCUCGUCGUCUUCCACCGCCCGAAAUGCGCGCUCACAAUUGCGAUCGAUGCUACCGGCGUAAAACCAAAUGCGAUCGCCAACAGCCAUGCAGCUCUUGUGCGCAGGCAAGAGUGGAAUGUGCUUACACCGACCCGACUGCGAGGCCCCAGCGCUUCCGGCGCAUCAAUCACGUUGCGGCCUCAACUCCUGCACCAACGACCAGAAGGCCGUCUAGUCAGGCGACGCCAAGCUUGCCGCGCGCCGAUGUGGCGAGGGAGAUCUCGUAUCUGUCCCUCAAGGCUGCGGGCGAGCAGCAGCCGUACAUUGGCUCCUCCAGCGGUGUACUGUUUGCAGACCUCGUUCAAUCUCGACUGGAUGCCGUUGAUCCUCGCCCGCCCUCACCACAGAGCACCGCGGGGAGCAGCGAAGUCGUCAAUCCUCCCUUGGCCAAACGGGACGAAGAUCUGCCUCCCGAGGCAGUCGCCAACGAGCUCAUCCAAGACUAUCUCGACCACGAUGCCAUCAUAUACCCUUUCAUGCUACCGUCGCAUCUUGUGGAGAUUGUCCACCGCUUUUACCAGGUCCCUGGCUAUUAUGUGUCUAAUGCGACGGCGUUCGAAGCCUUUUCCUUCUACAUGUUGCUGGCAAUCACAGCUUCUCGGGCCCAAAAGUCACAGUGGCAGGUUGAGCAGUCCCCGACUUGGUUCCAUUCACGGGCCAUGCGUGAUGCGAGCUCGGUUCUCGCGACUGGUACAACUGAACGUCUGCAAGCGAUCCUGCUCUUGUGCCAAUAUCGAUUGUGCAGCCCCAUUCGAGACAACUCGGCGAGCGUCUGGCAUUUGGUCGGGAUCGCCGCCCGCCUUUGUGUCGAGCUCGGCCUGCAUCGCCAGUCGAGUUACCCCAUCCUUGCAGUUCAUGGCGACUCCGCGCCACAAACAAUCGUGAAUUAUCAGGAUCAAGAGACACGCCGAAGAUGCUUUUGGACCUUGCUGUGCAUGGACCGCAUUGUGAGCAUCGUCCUCGGACGGCCAUUUGCACUUCACGACGACGACAUUGACACCGCCUUGCCAAGAGAAGACAGCGAUGAAAUAAUGGCCUGUGCCCACAAACCGCUCGGAGUGGUACGCAUAGCAGUGUCCAACAAAAUUUUCAAGUAUCGUUUGCUCUGCGGGCGAUUCUCAUUACGUGUUCAUGGGAAGAGAUCAGAGACGGCAUCACGAGAGGAUUUUGCGUCCGCCACACAGGCCCUUGCUGAACAAUUGCAGAACUGGUAUGAGAGCCAACCACGCCUCGAGGGGCUGCAAAUUCACGAGGACAGCCGGCAACAGCAGUCCUGCUAUCUAUCUCCCGAAUGGUACGAUCUUCUCGCGGCAAACGCUUCAUUGAUGCUGUGGCGCCCACACCUCCUCCCCGAAUCUGGGCACAAUCGUCAAGCUCUUGAUUGUAUCUUUGCCUCAGCAACCACGGCGAUCAACAUCUAUGCCGACCUCCUGCGGUCGCGAAAGAUCAAUUACAACUGGGUCACGCUGCAGGCGAUAUUUCUGGCCGGACUGUCAUACGUCUCGACAGUCAAUCAACAUUUCCGACACAAACAUGCAUCCGUGGCUUCCACUGCUCCACUUCUUACACAAGAGCCGGUCCUCGGAGACAUUGUUCGUACCACAAGAGCCUGCUCCAAGGUACUGGUUGCCGUUGGCGAGCGUUGGGAUCUUCCACCACAUUCUCAUGAAGUCUUUGACCGACUGAGCGACGCCGUCAUUGCCGAUGCGAUGCAGUGCAAUGCUAGCCAGAGGCCGGUAGCAUCGCUGGAGCCUGCUGCCCUGCGAACCCAUGAAUCAACUUCGGACUCGUGUAAUCCACCGUCGCCGUCCCGUCACACCCUGAGCUGGGGCGACGCGGAAGUUCACAAUAAUGAUACCUCCUGGAUGACGACGGACAACGAAUUCAUGAGCUGUUUCGACGACUUGCAGCGCCUGUAUGACGACCAGUACCUCAACAACACGGCUAUGGAUCUAUCACAGGACUGGCUUGGCUCGCUAGGUGUCUUUCCGUCGUGAGUGUCGAGGUGCACCUCGCGCUACUCAAGCGACACAUGAUGCGUUAUCAUAUACGCCUUCGAUCCAAGAACUGAAGCGGGACAUCUACAUGCUUGGAUCUCAAAUAUUCACCCACU